UCUUUAUUCUCCAAGCUGCCCUGCUCUCCUCCCAGACUCAGAGAAACAUGGCUGCCGGCUUGCUGCUUUUGGUUUGUGCAGUUGCUGUGCUGUACUCCACCAAAGCUCAGGAUUCUUACAAUGGGCUGCCUGAAAUCUACAAGAAAGGAGUGGAUCUGGCAAUAAAACAGCUCAGCUCCCUCGAUAAGGUCCAAAACCAUUAUCGCUUUUUGAGAACUGUGGAGAAAUUAGAACAGGAGGAUGUAUUUCAUGUGAAAUACUUGUUCCAUCACGUUCACCUGAAACCCACCAAGUGUCCGAAAGGAACAACUGAGACUGACCCUCAGAGAUGUCCCUUCAGGAACGAUCGACCUCUGAUGGAUUGUGCAAUUUGCUUCAAAGCACUUGGAGACCAGAUAAAAGAUGAACCCAAUCCAUAUGUUCACUGUAUCCAGAAACCGAGACUCACAGAGGUGAUGAAGCAAGCCAGGCUGCAGCACUACAGAGAGAUGAUCUACCACACGGGCUCUCCUACACUUUUGUCUCGUACUAGCGGCUAAUACGAUCCUAAUUGCAGCACAAAUAUAUCCACAAAACUAUAAAGGCAAUCUUUAAUUACCUUAGUUAAGAGGUUGCAUGUAUACUCAUCUGUAGUGUCACUUUUUUAGUAUUGACUUACUAACUUGUGAUAAACAAGUGAAAGGAGGCUUCUUUCCUUUUAAACUAAAUGUAUUCCAUGUGUUACAUGAAAUAAAAAGAGUAAAACAGC